AUGUAUCAGGUUGGUGCAAACUGUAGUGGAAAGAUUUGGUUUUUUGUAGAAGAGAAUGUAGAUGUGGAAAUUAUAUCUGAUACUGCACAACAGAUCACCUUGAAACUUUUUCUUCAGGAGCACAAUAGAUCUCUUAUAACAACUUUGGUCUAUGCUAAAUGUGAUGAAGUAGAAAGACUGUCUCUUUGGGAUAGUAUUUAUCAGUUAGCUGGCUCCUAUGACAUGCCUUGGCUAGUAGGGGGAGAUUUUAAUGUAGUGAUGAAUGAAGAGGAGAAAAUAGGUGGAGUCCCUGUUUUAAAGGCAGUCCUUUUACAUGGUAGAAUGGCAGGGCUGGGGAUGAUUGUAUAUUUGAAAGAUUGGACAGAAUCUUUUUUAACUCACUGUUUCAACAAUGGUUUGGUCAUAUUGAAGUGGAGCAUUUAUCCAGGACUGGAUCUGAUCAUGCCCCAUUUCUUAUUACUUUGGAAGAUCAAGAAAGUAAAAGGGGCUCUAUCUGCUUGGAGUAGACUGGCUUUUGGAGAUAUCUUCAAACAACUUAUCAUCAGGGAAGAUAUAGUGAGAAUUAAGGAACAACUGUUUGAAGAUGAUCGUUCUGAACAGAAUAGAAUAAUCUUGCAGCUUGCUCAGGCUGAACUGAAGAAAUAUUUACAUUAUGAGAAAGAGUUUUGGAGACAAAAAGCAGGAUACACUUGGUUCUCUGAAGGUGAUAGAAACACCAAGUUUUUUCACAAUUUAGUAAAUGGAAGGAGAAAAAGGUUACAGGUGAAUAGAAUUCAAAUAUAUGAUGGUGAGUGGAUAGAAGAUAAGGAGCAGCUUGCAGCAGAAGCAGCUAAUUUCAUCCAACAACAAUUCUCUCAAGAGCAGGGGGCUCUAGAUUUUGGCAUGCUGAAGCACAUUUCUCAGAUGGUCUCUUCUGAAAGCAAUGAUUUGCUUUGUGCACUUCCAUCCCAGGAAAAAGUAAAGAAUGUUGUUUUUGAACUUAAAUGA